GUAGAUCUAGUAGGGCCUCGAUUCUCUUCGCGGCCUGUACAGUUCUAGAGGCUAGAACUGUACAGACUGUGACAGGAGAGACGGACAGAACACUGACGUAGAUCUACUGAUCAGACUCAGACGGGUAUUAGAUAUAGCCUAGCUGUUACCUGCUCAGCAAGAGUAAGGGUCUCACAUUUACCGAAACAUGGCCUCUAUGUCAGCUCCUAGAAGCAGCGAUCAAUCUAUUGAAUACAAAACUAUGGUCAAAUGUGCAUCCUCAAGUUUGGAUUGCAUCAAAUCGUCACCAAACAGCAUUGGAACAGCAAUGUUUGCAGAAGGCUACAUCUCCGAGUAUGUUAGAGAUAGUGUUGGUGAUACGAGUGUAUCCAAAGUCGACAAAGCACAACUUCUUCUAAAUACCAUAACCGAUCAUGUAAAAACUGAUCCCCUUGCUUACCAUGGCUUUGUUGAGAUCAUCAGAAAGGAAGGUACAUGGGCAUCUUGUUAUUUGGAGCGACUUCAGAACGUCUAUGAAGAGCUUAGCCUUGAAGCACGGCAAAUUGAGGAACAGUGCUCGAGUGAUUCUGAUGCUUCCUUUCAUUCCCUCCCUGACGAGUUAUCUUCUCUCAAAAUAGAUGCGAACGUUACCUCAAAAGGAUUCAUUUGUCCUUUUUGUCAAAAUUGUUCUUUCGAAUCGUUCUUGCAAAGUAGUUGUCCACAUGCUGCGGAGACAGAGAAGCUUGAGUGCAAGGCCUUUUUCCCAUUUUUAAAUUGCUCCAAAAUCGAUCCUGAAGAUAAGAAAGAUCUAGAAUGGCACCUUCUUCAGGAUUAUCAAAAGAUUCUAAAGUCUUAUGCUCGCUUGGAAAAUUCACUAAUCAACUCUCUUGAAUCUUCUGAAGUGAACAUUGAAAAACUUGACAACUUUGUUUGGAAUCUCGUAGUGCCACCUCAAACGCAGCAGCAGAAAAGAGUCGAAAAGGCUGAAACAGUGACAGAAAUAUUUAAAAGUAUACGUCCUCACAAAUCGUUCUUCAAUUGUGAUAUUGUAGAAGAAGUUUCAAAAGAGUUCGGAACACCUGCCGAUAAUAAAUUAGUUGCCAAGUAUGUAGCUACCUUGAAUGAAUACUGUAAACGCAGUGUGUUUGAAGUUCCUCCUGUCUUUUUUCAGUAUCCCUCUGAAAGGAAUGAUUGCAAACUGUUUGCUUUUAAAUACACUCCAGGAAACCCUGUUACGCUGGGAGACGUUCAGAUCAUACGUAGAAAAAUUGCUUCUAUUCUUGGAAUUAAUGCGAGACUAUUGCAGCUUUGUUCGAUCGAAGAGGGGUGUGUAAAAAUGGUCUUCCUUGUGCCCGAGUUUGUUGUUGAAGUUAUUGACUCCAUUACUGUGAAACAGACGUCUGCACUUACAGAUCUUCACAUCGAGAUUGUACCAGUAAUUGACAGCCAUCAACCACUCCCGGAUUCUAUCACAUUUUCUGAUAUAAAGAAAGUGGAAUCUCUAAAAGCUACCAAUAAAGAUCUCUCCUUCUUCGACCAACGCUCUACUAUAUCAAGUGGCUAUGGAAGUAGUCUUACAGAUGAACACCGAUCUGCCACAAUGUUUCAGUUGAGCCUGCUCGACAAGGUCACGACAAUUGUGGCAGUGCCAGACAAGGGCACAGUGAGGGAUGCUGUUCAACCCUGGGUGAAGAAGUUUGGUUAUGAUUUCGACACCAUUCAGCUGAGAUAUAAACAAAACUUUUGUCGUAUCAACAUGGAUCUCUCAGCUGACAUUUUGACUGGACAGCACGUCAUUGCAAUCGAAACAAAGAAUAGCUUCAUUGCCAUAUUCCCUGACCAAGAAGACAAGAUCCUGCCUGCUGAUAGCUCCAAAAGCAUCAAAGAAGUUUGGGUAUCAGUUCUGGGGGAUAUGGACAGGAAGUUCGAAGUGUACCUUGAGGAUUCACCAGAUCCCCUUGACCUCAGGAUGAAUGCGUCCCUACUAGCGGGACAGAGGGUGAUUGUCAAACACUACAACUGUACAAUACAAUUUAAAUCCACUCUGGAUUCUAAACAUCUUACGUGUACGUCCAACCCGACUCUAUCAAUUGCAAGUGGCUAUGGAAGUGAUACAGAUGGCACGCAUGAUAUGAAUCACUUUUCGAAGAUAGCUAUACUCCACUCCGACGGGCUUUCUGACCAACAUGACUCAACCUCAAGAGACCGCUGGAUCAGUAAUAGGAGAAAACCAAAAAGGUUGCUAAGUGUUAAAAAGUACUCGAAGCGAACAGCCCAUACAUUUGAGAUUGUCAGAGAGGUGAAUGAAAGAGGAGAGAUAGGAAAAUGUGGAUUUUAUCUUCAUAAUGAAAGGCCAUCUGUUAUUAGGCACAUUGUUCCAGGUGGGUUAGCUGACAAAGUAGGACUCAAAAAUGAAGAUGUGGUGGUGGCUGUCAACGGCAUUAACGUUGAGAACUUCACCCAUGAUAAAGUACUCAAGUUUUUCACAGACAACCCAGACCCAAGCAUUUUGCUCACAGUCUGCGAACCCUCCGAACCAGCCGAACCAGCGUUUCAGCACUUUGACCCUUCUAACAUAAUGAUUCAAGUUGGUACCAAUGAAAGUCUCCUCCAGUCUCCUUUCACACCCAACCAAGAAGACCCCUCCUAUCACAAAACAGAUGAUUAAUAGAGUGCACCCCGUGAUGUACUGAUGUUUUAAUGCAUUACUAAUAGUGUCAUUCGGUUUUUGUUUUAUUUUUGUAUAUGUAUGUGACCCAAAUUUAUUUUACGCUCUUUUUGCAUCGCUACUUUA